AUGUAUCGCAGUUUGGCUCUCGCUUCUUCGCUGGUCGCCGCAGUCGUGCGUGGCCAGCAAGUUGGCACACAACAGACGGAGACGCAUCCUAGCAUGACCUGGCAGACAUGUACCGCUAAAGGAAGCUGCACAUCCAAGACUGGAAAGGUCGUCAUCGAUUCCAACUGGAGAUGGGUUCACGACAAGAAGAGUGGAAGCUACACCAAUUGCUACGACGGAAAUACCUGGAGUUCGGCACUAUGCCCUGAUAACAAGUCCUGUGCAGCCAAUUGCGCCCUCGAGGGUGCUGAUUACGCCGCUACAUACGGGGCUACUGCCAGUGGCAACUCUUUGAAGCUCACCUUUGUCACCAAGGGAUCUUAUGCAACCAAUAUCGGUUCUCGCUUGUACCUCAUGGAGACUGAUACCUCGUACCAGAUGUUCAGUCUGUUAAACAAGGAGUUCUCAUUCGAUGUUGAUCUCUCGAACCUCCCUUGUGGCCUCAAUGGAGCCCUUUACUUUGUCUCCAUGGACAAGGACGGUGGAAUGGCCAAGUACCCCAACAAUAAGGCAGGAGCCAAGUAUGGUACUGGUUACUGCGAUGCUCAAUGCCCUCGUGAUCUGAAGUUUAUCAACGGAGAGGCAAAUGUUGCUGGCUGGAAGCCAUCAAGCAACGACCCCAAUGCUGGCGUGGGAGACCAUGGCUCAUGCUGCGCAGAAAUGGAUGUCUGGGAAGCAAACUCAAUCUCGACUGCUUACACCCCUCACACUUGCAAUCCAAUUACGCAGAGUAUCUGCAAUGGUGAUAGCUGCGGCGGUACUUACUCUGCCGACCGCUACGCAGGGGUAUGCGAUCCCGAUGGAUGCGACUUCAACUCUUACCGCAUGGGUGACAAAAAUUUCUACGGUCCAGGGAAGACCGUCGACACCAAGCAAAAGUUCACAGUUGUCACUCAGUUCAUUGGCGAUCCUCUCACCGAGAUCAAGCGAUUCUACGUCCAAAACAACAAGCUCAUCCCCAACUCCCAGUCCCUCAUUCCCAACGUCACAGGUAACUCUAUCACCAACAGCUUCUGCGACGCACAGAAGGCUGCGUUCGGAGAUAACUACAAGUUCAAGACUCUUGGUGGCUUGGAGGGCAUGGGUAAAGCUCUAAAGGCAGGCAUGGUCCUCGUCAUGUCCGUGUGGGACGAUCACUACGCCAAUAUGCUUUGGCUCGACUCAACAUACCCCAUUGACAAAACUGGGGCAGGAGCUGAGCGUGGAUCGUGUGCUACCACCUCUGGUGUCCCUGCUGACGUGGAGGCUCAGUCCCCGGGUGCUUCUGUCACCUAUUCGAACAUCAAGUUCGGACCAAUUGGGUCGACCUUUACAGCAACCUAA